GUGAUGGAGGUGCAGUGGUGUACCAUCUCAGACCCGGAACAGCAGAAAUGCAAGGACAUGAGCAAAGCUUUCCAGGGAGCUGGAAUUCAGCCCUCCCUCCUCUGCGUCCAGGGCACCUCCACUGACCACUGUGUCCAGCUCAUCAAGGACCGAAAAGCGGAUGCCAUCACCCUGGAUGGAGGAGCCAUCUAUCAGGCUGGCAAGGAGUAUGGCCUGAAGCCAGUGGUGGGUGAAGUCUAUGACCAAGACAUUGGGACUUCCUAUUAUGGGGUGGCUGUGGUCAGGAGGAAUUCCAAUGUGACCAUCAACAUCCUGAAGGGCGUCAAGUCCUGCCACACUGGCAUUAACCGGACUGUGGGCUGGAACGUGCCUGUCGGCUACCUCGUAGAGACUGGCCAUCUGUCAGUGAUGGGCUGCGAUGUGCUCAAAGCCGUUGGCGAUUAUUUUGGGGGCAGCUGUGUUCCUGGAGCAGGAGAAACCAGCCAUUCCGAGUCCCUCUGUCGCCUCUGCCGUGGUGACUCUUCUGGACACAAUGUGUGUGACAAGAGUCCCCUAGAGAGAUACUAUGACUACAGUGGAGCCUUCCGGUGCCUGGCGGAAGGAGCCGGUGACGUGGCCUUCGUGAAGCACAGCACAGUGCUGGAGAACACUGAUGGGAAAACCCUGCCUUCCUGGGGCAAGGCCCUGAUGUCACAGGACUUCCAGCUACUCUGCAGGGAUGGCAGCCGGGCUGACAUCACUGAGUGGAGACGAUGCCACUUGGCCAAGGUGCCUGCUCAUGCUGUGGUGGUCAGGGAUGACAUGGACGGAGGCCUCAUAUUCCGGCUGCUCAACGAAGGCCAGCUUCUGUUCAGCCACGAAGACAGCACCUUCCAGAUGUUCAGCUCCAAAGCCUACGGCCAGAAGAACUUGCUGUUCAAAGACUCCACCUUAGAGCUCGUGCCCAUUGCCACACAGAACUAUGAGUCCUGGCUGGGCCAGGAAUACCUGCAUGCCAUGAAGGGGCUGCUCUGUGAUCCCAACCGGCUGCCCCACUACCUGCGCUGGUGUGUGUUGUCGGUGCCCGAGAUCCAGAAGUGUGGCGAUAUGGCUGUGGCCUUCAGCCGCCAGAGUCUGAAGCCAGAGAUCCAGUGUGUGUCAGCCGAGUCCCCUGAGCACUGCAUGCAGCAGAUCCAGGCUGGGCACAUCGAUGCUGUGACUCUGAGGGGCGAAGACAUUUACAGGGCAGGAAAGGCGUAUGGCCUGGUUCCGGCGGCUGGGGAGCUGUAUGCUGAGGAGGACAGGAGUAAUUCCUACUUUGUGGUGGCUGUGGUGAGGCGGGACAGCUCCUACUCCUUCACCCUGGACGAGCUUCGCAGCAAGCGUUCCUGCCACCCAGGCUUGGGCAGCCCUGCGGGCUGGGAGGUGCCCAUAGGCUCCCUCAUCCAGCGGGGCUUCAUCCGGCCCAAGGACUGUGAUGUGCUCACAGCGGUGAGCGAGUUCUUCAAUGCCAGCUGUGUGCCUGUAAACAACCCUAAGAACUACCCUUCCUCGCUGUGCGCGCUCUGCGUGGGAGACGAGAAGGGCCGCAACAAGUGUGUGGGCAGCAGCCAGGAGAGAUACUACGGCUACAGUGGGGCCUUCAGGUGCCUUGUGGAGAAUGCAGGGGACGUUGCCUUCCUCAAGCACACGACUGUCUUUGAGAACACAAAUGGUCACAAUCCUGAGCCCUGGGCUUCUCACCUCAGGUGGCAAGACUAUGAACUACUGUGCCCCAAUGGGGCCCGGGCUGAGGUAGACCAGUUCCAAGCUUGCAACCUGGCACAAAUGCCAUCCCAUGCUGUCAUGGUUCAUCCAGACACCAACAUUUUCACUGUGUACGGACUUCUGGACAAGGCCCAGGACCUAUUUGGAGACGACCACAACAAGAACGGUUUCCAAAUGUUUGACUCCUCCAAAUACCACAGCCAAGAUCUGCUUUUCAAAGAUGCUACGGUCCGAGCAGUGCCCGUCCGGGAGAAAACCACGUAUCUGGACUGGCUGGGUCCUGACUACGUGGUUGCUCUGGAGGGGAUGCUAUCUCAGCAGUGCUCGGGUGCAGGGGCCGCGGUGCACCGAGUCCCCCCACCGGCCCUGCUCCUGCUGGCCCUGGCUGCAGGCCUCCUCCCGCGAGUUCUCUGAAGGUGGCUGCGUCAGGCCACGCCCUGCCCAGGAAAAGCUACAGAAUCCAACCCAAGAAACCAGGAAAUCAGCUAACCCUGCAGGAGAGCGCGAGAUGCGAUGCGAGAGGCAAGGUGAGAAUUCACACGCACAACCCUCCGAUGUGCGAUUCUAACCCAAAGAGAAAUUUCUAGAAUCAGGAUGAUCGUUAAGGCCAAGUCUUCCCACCUGCCGGAGCCCUCAGUACCUGAGGCGACUGGCGAACAGCCCAGUCACUCCUCCCACACUGGUGGCGCCUGCAGCGAACCUGUGCCUCCCUCCCACCUGGAACCUCCCGGCUGGCUGGGGGGU